UUGGGGAUGUUUGCACAGGGAGAACAAAGCUUCGAGCCCCUACUUGUGAAAAAUCGCAUAUUUGUGACUGUUGAUACCCCUAAGAAAAGUUCUAGCACAGUGUAUGCUGGUACGCGAAAUAUAAAUUAAUCUGCAGAGGAUGUUGAAAGUUUAUGACAACCAAAGAUUAUUGAAGAACGGCCAGUGAUACCCGUGAACACCCAACGGCAACACCGAUAGCAAGAGCGAGCGGGAAGGCCAAACGCGCAUCAAACCUUCAACGAGACCGUGUGUUUUACGCUUUCAUCAACACCCUCUUCUUUUCCCUGAUUGAUAGUCGUGGCAGAGGGAAAGAGGGGGGACUCAUCUAUUUCUCUGCCUCCCUGGCUGGUCCCCGGAAGCUCGGAAUAACCCAAGAAACUGCCCCAAGUUCUCAUAAGUGUUACCAAGGCCGGACGAGGAGAGCGAGGUCGAGCCAAACAGAGAGAAAAAAAGAAGAAGAAGAAAAAGAAGAAAGAAGGAAAGAUUGUGGUCACCAUGGUUGCUACAGCCUGGAGGUCAUUGGCACUGUGCAGGCAGGUGUGCCUCGCCCCACGUGGGAAGACCGUGCCACCUGUUGUUCUACGGGGUCGUGGCACCUCGGGGAGUCAUGGCACCCGCCCCUUGCUCACUGCCAGGGGCCUCCUCACGACUUCCCCCUCUUAUGCUCACGACCCGACCGCGCCUGACGGACCGCCCUCGCACCCGCAGUUGCAACACGGCCGGUCCAGACUCAAGUUCUAUUCCUCAGGCGAAAGCCGAACAGAGCCACCAGGGGGAGACCAGGCUCUCGUCCUCCUGUUCAGCUGGCUCCUGGCACCCGAGCGGCACAUCAAGAAGUACGUGGACAUGUACAGGCGGAGGGGCGUGUCCGUGCUCACUGUCACGAUCACGCCCCUCGACCUGUUGCUCCCCGCCCGAGGCUCGCAGGUGAUUGCGUUGAAUCUCCUGCGCCUUCUACAGGAGAACGGAAAGUACAGGCCCCUCCUUGUGCACGGGUUUUCUGUUGGUGCUUAUGUGUUCUCAGAAGCCAUGGUGCAUGUAAUGAAGGACCGGCGUCAGUUCGGGUCCCUCCUGGAGCGGUUCGUCGGCCAGGUGUGGGACUGUCCUGUGGACCUCAACGGCAUUCCUACAGGUUUCCCGAAGGCCGUGACGAGCAUUCCUCGUCUGCAGCGCCUCCUUCGUGCCUUCGUUGUCAUCUACUUGAGGCUGAUGCACCGCUGGGCCACGGUGCAUUACGAGCAGGCGCGUGUACCGUUCUUCACCAACACUGUGGGUGUCCCGGCGCUCUUGCUGCAGAGUCGGCGUGACCCCGUUUCCACCCAGGAGAUGACCCGAGAGCUGCUGAGGGGCUGGAGGGGGCAGGGCACCAAGGUUCACUACAAGUGCUUUGAAGAAGGCGCCCACGUCUCGCUGUACUGGAAGAACCCCGUUGAGUACGAGCAGGCCCUCAGCGAGUUCUUGGAGGAGGUGCAACUGCUGGAGAAAAACCCGAGGUCCUCCUCCGAAUCGAAGUCGGACUCAGCGAGCGAAGGUUCACUCGGAUCAUAGGCGUCGUCAGAGACUAAGGGAAUAUGACUGUAUUUAGGAUUAGAAGUGACAGUAACCUUUUACAAGACUGAAGGACCAGAUAGUGUUCACAGGAGCACAAGACAGUGACUACCUGAUGAAAUAGUCGCUACGAGAAGACAAAGACUUGACAGCAUACCAGACAGCGAUUCCAGAAGACCCAAAACAGAAGUCUAAACGGACCCUAAACACUUACUACACGAAGCCUACACUCCGACAAGGGGUAAGGACAGAGAGACGGACACAGUACACCCAAGUUACACAAGACGUUGACAUCAGCGACACGCCCUUUGGCCUCUUGUACGCGUCGCAGAGAUGAGAGGGUAUCCGUGUCACACAGGCUAUCAAUAAAGCAAGACCGCCUGGUCCUGUUACGAAUUUAGGAGGAGCUCUCGAGUCGCCGAACGCUGUGCAGAACAUGGCUGAAUAAUGCACGGUUAGCGAGUCCUCUGCUGUGUGUGUGAGCGUGUGUGUGGCCGUUGAAUCUCGGGGGUUUCUCUACACAUAUAUUUACACAUACACGUACACAUACGUAAACCUGUGGAUAUUUAUGUAUAAAUGUAGAUAUAGAUACAUAUACAGAUAUAGAUACAGAUGUACAUACACAUAUUCAUACACACACAU